AAUAAAGACGUUAAAAAAAAAAAAAAAACCUUUUAUCGUCUCUUAUUAUCUCUUCAGUUCACAAGGCGGAAGAACGGAGAUGGCCACCAUCACACCUCUCGCUCUCCGCUCUCCGGUUCUACUUCCUCCUUCAUCUGCUUCAAACCCUACCAGAUUCCAUGGCUUCACCAAACGACCACCACCUUCCCGUCUCUUCUUCCCCCUUAAACCCUUCCAUUCUCUAUCCAUCCAAAACCCUAAAAAAUCCAUCCGAAUCGCCGCAUCCGUUUCGCCGAUAACACCAAUCUUCCCGGCUGCGAAAUCAACGAAUCGUUCAUCCACACUAACCGGGUCAACCCGGUCUCUCGCUACUCUCGCGGCUUUGACAAUCGCCGUAACCAAAAUCCUAGCUCAAAAACUCGCUCCUGUACUCGCGGAGGGAUUACGAUUAUCACUCAGUACCGCCGGACCCGUCUUCUUCGCGUCGCUCAGAGAUCGUCCUCCGGGGUAUUUGAACACGCCGCUUACGGUGGUUGCGGUGGGGAUAAAGAAGUGGUUAGAUAUUUACAGUGGGGUUUUGAUGGUUAGGGUUUUGCUCAGUUGGUUCCCUAAUAUCCCGUGGGAAAGACAGCCUUUGUCUGCCAUUAGAGAUCUCUGUGAUCCUUACUUGAAUCUGUUUAGGAACAUUAUUCCUCCUAUCUUCGAUACGCUUGAUGUUAGUCCUUUGCUUGCUUUCUCUGUUCUGGGCACACUUGGGUCGAUUGUUCAUGGCAGCACUUGAUUGAGAGAAAUUGGAAGAUCAGUAGCAGAUUGGAGCUAAUGCUUUUGUUUUUGAAACAUUGAUUUGGGGAAGUUUGCAUCUUUGCUCCCAAGAUUAGGAAAUAUCAAGACUGAGAGUUAUGAGCUUUGUCGUUUUUUUUCUUUUCUGUUUCGAAUUUGAUUUUGAAUAAUGAGAUUUUGGGUUUUGCGGACUUAUAAUUGUUGAGAUUUUGGGUUCUCUUGCA